AUGAAUACAGAAAAAGGGGAUCUGUCGUCAUUUUUAAGUCAACCAAAAAAACGUUUUAGAAAAGCGGCAGGCCAGGUUUGGGUGGACAAUACUUUGGAUGAGUGGCCAGAGAAUGAUUUCAGAUUAUUUUGUGGAGAUUUGGGGAAUGAUGUCACUGAAGAGGUGUUAGCAAACGCGUUCAAAAAGUAUCCUUCUUUUGAGAAGUGUAAAGUUAUUCGAAAUAAACAUACUGGGAAAACUAGAGGUUAUGGAUUUAUUUCAUUCACAAACCCAAACGACAUGUUACAUGCAAUGAAGGAGAUGAAUAGGAAGUACGUUGGAAGUAGGCCCAUAACUCUAAAGAGAUCUAAAUGGAAAGAUAGGGAAGUAGAUUCUGACAAGAAUAAAAAGUUUGACGAAAUGACUAAAAGAAAUGAAUCAACAAAUUCUUUAUUUCAGGAUUACCAUAAGGAAUACAAAAAGAGAAAAUAUCUAGAUAGGCAUUAG